ACGCAUGCUCAGUUACUUGUAGAGGAAAGCGGCUAGCUUCAUUAGCUCGGUUAGCGCGCCCUGUGUGUGUAUGAUAGUUUCGUGCUGUGAAGUAGUUUGAUCAUGGCGUAUCAGCUGUACAGGAACACCACCCUGGGAAACAGCCUACAGGAGAGUCUGGACGAGCUCAUACAGACUCAGCAGAUUACUCCUCAGCUGGCUCUCCAGGUUCUCCUUCAGUUCGAUAAGGCCAUCAACACGGCGCUCGCCAACCGUGUCCGCAACAGAGUCAACUUCAGGGGCUCUCUGAACACCUACAGGUUCUGCGACAACGUGUGGACGUUUGUCCUGAACGACGUGGAGUUCAGGGAGGUGACGGACCUGGUGAAGGUAGACAAGGUGAAGAUUGUUGCCUGUGACGGAAAGAGCGAGUCAACCCAGAACAAAACUGAUAAAUGACUCUGGCUUCCACGUUGCCGAGCGAGGACCGUCUCUGAGUCUUCCUGCAUCAGCUGGAGUCGAGACGGAUCUGGACUGUACAUAUAAUUUAUUAUAGCACAGUUACGUGUGUGUGCAUGUGUGUGCGUUUGUGUGCGUGAUUACCUGCAGCAGGUUUUCUUUUUUAUUAAUCUGGGGUCUGUGUUCAGGUUUCUGUUGUAUAACUGAAUCAUCUUUAAUAAAAACUUUAUUUAAAACACA